GCGGCGCGCCGUGCCUUCCUUCCGGCCGCCAUCUCGCUCGCCUCCGCGUGCUGAGCCCGGUGCCGCGGCCCUCGCCUUUCCCUCCGCUCCGGCGCCGCCGCUUCUGCCCCGGGAAGGUGCAAAGGAGGCGGCGGGGGGUGAGGGGGAUGAAAGAAACGAUCAUGAACCAAGAAAAGCUCGCCAAGCUGCAGGCCCAAGUGCGCAUCGGUGGCAAGGGAACUGCCCGCAGAAAGAAGAAGGUUGUCCACAGAACAGCUACAGCAGAUGACAAGAAACUUCAGUUUUCGUUGAAGAAGCUGGGAGUCAACAAUAUUUCUGGAAUUGAAGAGGUAAACAUGUUUACCAACCAAGGAACAGUCAUUCACUUCAAUAACCCUAAAGUUCAGGCAUCUCUGGCUGCUAACACUUUCACUAUUACCGGCCAUGCUGAGACAAAGCAGCUGACAGAAAUGCUUCCUAGCAUCUUAAAUCAGCUCGGAGCUGACAGUCUGACCAGCCUGAGGAGAUUGGCAGAAGCCCUACCCAAGCAGUCUGUGGAUGGAAAAGCACCACUUGCUACUGGUGAAGAUGAUGAUGAUGAAGUUCCAGAUCUUGUUGAAAACUUCGAUGAAGCUUCGAAGAAUGAAGCAAACUGAACUGUCAUUUUCUGAAAAAAGUUGAAACUUGAAAAAGCUACAUGGAGCUGCUAUUUUGUAUUGUGACUGCUUUGAUUUUUUUUUUUCUGAUGGAUCUCAAGAUCUGUGAUAUUUGGAAACUCCUUGAACCUGCAGCUCUUUAGUUACUGCUUGUACACAAUAUUAUUUUUGUGGCCUGAUUGAACAAACCUGUGCUUUGAAAUAAGUCAGCUAAUGAAUCUCUGCCUAGACAUAAUUUUUGAGUAACUUGUAUACAAGCAAAACCCUAUCUUUAAUGAACUUUGGCAUACAAUAAAAAUAGAAAAGAAA